UUUUGUUUGUUUAAAGUAAUUUUUACGAUUUGUGUUACAGAGAGCUUCAACUUUUUUGUUUAGAAGAAGAAAAAAACUCACUUUAGUGCGUUUAGUUUCUCUCCAGCUCUUGUUUACUUCGUUUUAGCUUAAUUAAGUCAUUUUUCUGUGCUUCCAGGACUCCAAAUUCGACACCAAAAUUUUGAAUUUUUAUAUAUCUCAGGAGGGUGUUGACUGAUUCUUGAGAUGGGUUUGUGUUAAAAUUCGUGGAUUAGUCGAAAGAUUCAACUCAUAUCAGAUGGAGCCUCCAGAGGGAUUUCGUGCUUCUUUGUUGCAGUUCAUAAUAUUCCUUCCUUAUUUCAUUGGUUUGCUGUUUCUGGGUGUCAUCAAAGGUAUCGUUUUGUGCCCACUCGUAUGCCUCGUUGUGACUAUAGGCAACUCUGCGGUCAUACUAUGUCUUUUGCCAAUCCACAUCGUUUGGACUUUCUAUUCAUUAGUAAGUGCCAAACAAAUAGGACCGAUCUUCAAGCUCUUUCUAUGCUUAUGUCUUCCUGCGGCGAUCAUUCUCUGGCCAAUUCUUGGUAUUUUAGCGAGUGUUCUUGGAGGAGCUUUAUAUGGUUUUCUCUCCCCAAUUUUCGCUACCUUUGAUGCUGUUGGCGAGGGCAAGCCUUACCCGCUUUUCCAUUGCUUUUAUGAUGGAACUUGGAGCACUCUCCAACGCAGCUUCACCGUUGUCCGCGAUUUUAAAGAUGUUUGCUUUCACUCCUACUUCUCUCUUAUGAGUGAGCUUAAAAUAUGUUGCCCGGAUCGCAAAUAUCAUGAAAUAAGGCUACUUCAGUUACCAGGAGCUUUGGUAGCUUCAGCUCUCGGGGUUCUUGUUGAUUUCCCAGUGAUCUCACUCGUUGCCAUAUGCAAAAGCCCUUACAUGUUGUUCAAAGGAUGGCACCGUUUGUUUCAUGAUUUAAUUGGCCGAGAAGGUCCAUUCUUGGAGACAAUGUGUGUCCCCAUCGCAGGCCUAGCGAUCUUGCUAUGGCCUUUGGCUGUCACCGGUGCGGUUCUUGGAUCAGUCGUCUCUAGUAUCUUCCUCGGUGCUUAUGCAGGAGUAGUCUCAUAUCAGGAAUCAUCGUUCUACUAUGGACUCUGCUUUGUAGUUGCCUCUUUGUCCAUUUACGACGAGUAUAGUACCGAUAUACUUGACAUGCCUGAAGGAUCUUGCUUUCCAAGGCCUAAGUAUCGAAGAAAAGAAGCCGAAUCAACGCCUUUUUCAGGUCCUAUACCAAGACUUGGCUCUGUCAAGAACACGGCUUCAAUCAGAGCAGGAUCAGUCAGAGUCCCUAUGGUUGAUAUUAAGCCUCUCGACCUUUUGGAUAGUCUCUUUGUGGAAUGUAGGAAGUUUGGAGAAGUUUUGGCGAGUAAAGGGCUGAUAAAUUCAAAAGACAUCGAAGAGGCGAGAUCUAGUAAACGCAGCCAAGUGAUCAGCGUUGGCUUACCAGCUUAUGCACUUCUUUACGAGAUUCUACGCUCCGUAAAAGCCAAUUCGUCCGGCUUGUUACUCAGUGACGGUGUAACUGAACUAACUACCAAUAACCGACCUAAAGACGCCUUCUUUGAUUGGUUUCUGCAUCCGUUUUUGAUACUCAAGGAGCAAAUGAAAGCUACAAACUUGUCUGAGGAAGAAGAAGAGUAUCUCGGAAGAUUGGUUUUGCUGUAUGGAGAUUCAGAGAGGCUAAAGAACUCGUAUGCUGAUUCUGCUUCUCCUCCUCUCACUGAGCGUAAAAGAGCCGAAAUUGAUGCCUUUGCUCGCAGGAUUCAAGGGCUAACGAAAACUGUAUCAAGGUAUCCAACAUUCCGUCGACAUUUUGUGGAUUUAGUGAAGAAACUAUCGGAGGAUUUGGACCAAAACCAUGACGGUUCGGUUAAGGACGAAGAAUCUAUAACAGAAGCGCCUGCUCCGGUUAGGAUAUUUUCCCGGAUAUUCAGUCAGAGUCAAAGAUCUUUCAGAAGAAAAGGGAGUAUCAAUGGAUCCGAUCAAGAAUCGCAUAAAGGUGUCUCAAAGAAUGUAGAUAUCGUUUAAACAUGUGACGUGUGGAUAUUUGCAAUUUAAAGCUCUUUGCUCGAAAAAAUGUUGUUCCUUGUAAAGAUUUUUCAGACGGAUUUGUUUUGAUUUAUAAUAGAACAGUGUAUGUUUUCGGUUAAGAAACUGUAAUUUGUGAAAGUUCCC